UAGCUCCGCCCCCGGCUUCCAUCUCUGAAGUGAAGGGACGGCGCCGCCGAGUCCUCGCCUUUUUAUGUAUACAUUUUAGUAAAUAAGCUAGGCUCUUCUUCACAUUAGAAGUAUUAACCGACGGCACUAGGCGAAAAAGCGGGUUCCCGGCUUCGUGGUACGCUGUUUGAUUACUGGCUGGAACUAUAGCUAGCCUUUUAUUAUCCAUUUUAACUUUACUAAGCGGCGUUUUCCGCCGCCCGCUCACGCUAACGUUACCCCCGUGUGUGAGUACGGGCCUGCAGCGCUGGUUUGGCCACGAGGACCGUCGAUACCGUUGAAACAGGACGAUGGCGGAGUUCGGUAACGGACUAGCAGAGGAAUCCCUAUUAGAUUCAGACCCAGGACAUCCCGAGCUGGAAGACCCGGGUGUCGGUGAUGAAGAACCCGGGUUAGAAGAGGGAGAGGCCGCGAUUGAAGACCCGGAGCUGGAGGCAAUCAAAGCUCGGGUCAGAGAGAUGGAGGAAGAGGCAGAGAAACUGAAGGAGCUACAGAACGAGGUGGAGAAACAGAUGAAUCUCAGCCCCCCGCCAGUCGGCCCUGUCAUCAUGUCCAUCGAGGAAAAGAUGGAGGCAGAUGGUAGAUCUAUUUAUGUCGGAAAUGUGGACUAUGGUGCCACGGCAGAAGAGCUUGAGGCUCAUUUUCAUGGCUGCGGUUCAGUAAACAGAGUCACCAUCCUAUGUGACAAAUACACAGGGCAUCCCAAAGGGUUUGCCUAUAUUGAGUUUGCAGACAAAGAGUCUGUUAGGACGGCCAUGGCUUUGGAUGAGUCCCUUUUCAGAGGAAGGCAGAUAAAGGUGGGCGCUAAAAGAACAAACAGACCAGGUAUCAGCACCACAGACCGCGGGUUUCCACGGGCUCGCUUUCGUUCACGGGGAGGAAACUUCUCCUCACGUGCACGCUACUACAGUGGCUACACGCCGCCCAGAGGCAGAGGACGGGCCUUCAGGGGCCGAGGGCGAACAACAUCGUGGUAUUCCCCUUACUAAACACCCCUCCCACCCCUCUCCCCUUACUAUCAAUCCUUUCUGUUUCUAUUUAGAAAACACACACACAAUGACAAAAAGCCCCCACCCCUCCCCAACAAUAAAAGAAGAGAACCCCAGAAGAGAAAAAAAGACAAAAAAAAAAAGGAAAAAAAAAAAUCCCUAUGGUGGACACAGACUGACUGCCGCAGUGUGAGGUUGUGUGUGAGCGUGCGUGUGCUGAGGUUGAUGCGGUCAGCCCUGGUAAGGUAUCAGUUGGCCACUGGGGGGGGCAAUCCAGUAGCACAUGUUUUUGUUGGGUAUUUGGGGAGGGUGGGGCAGGGGAAAAGAGAAUGGUAUGGUAUCUCAGGCUGCAGAUGUGUGUCCUUGGUCUGGCUGUGACCUCCUGCUUUCACACCAUCAACACAGCCCACCCACUCACCCUCCACCGCCAGUAAGGGGGUAACGAAACAAAAUGCCGUGUUCAUGUUUUUGUUGUUGAUGUACCGUUCAUAUGUGAAGCUUCCAGUAGCCACUGUUUUAAGUUUGUGGUUGAGAAUGUAUCACCCCUCUCCUAUCCCAAAUCUUUGCCUGCUGUUCUCUUCCCCUCCCUGCAUUUUGAAGUCAUGCUGACUCUCCCCGCCCACCAUGGUUUCAUACUUCAGUAUUCAUUUGGAUUAUCGAUGCAUAAUAUUAUUUUGAACUCAUGGA